UCAUGAGCGAAAGCGUUUUAUCAGAUAAAGUCAUGCUAUCGGUCUCAGAUAAGGGAACGGUGACAGACGAUGAUACACGACGUCCGUAGUUUCGGAAAUGUACGUGUCGCACUAGCUAUUUUUUUCCGCUCCCCAUUUCGCGUGUGAUUCUCGCCUCUAUCGUCGUCGAUCGAAAGAUAACUGAAUAAAGUCAUGGACACGCUCUAUCCGAAUCUGUACGACCGGUUCAAGACCGAGGGACUCUGUCCCGUCUGUCUCAUGGAGAUGGAACUCACGCCUCGGUACUCGUGCGUCAACAAACACACCCUGUGUCAUCGUUGCAAGCCCUACUACUACGGCUGUCCCACGUGCAAGUCGCCGUUGAAUAUGGAGACUCUGCCGUUGCAGACGGAUGCACCGCCUCCGACCCAUUUCAUGCCACAUCCCAUGUCACCGCGACCAUACGACGAUCACAAUCCCAGUGCGCCGUCGAUGAUCGGCUUCCUGGACUACGAGAAAAGGGCUUGGGAGCCGCCCGCAGCUUUGGAGAAUCAAGAACUCGAAUCGUGCUCGUACUCUCACCUGGGAUGCUGGAUAAAGAUACCGGAACAUCUGCGCGUGUUGCAUGAGUCGAGGUGUCAGUUUCGACCGCAUUUGGAGGAGGAGCACGUGCCGACCGAUCUUCAUCAUUCUGAUGAUUUGGUGGAGUGCACGUAUAGCGCAGCGGGUUGCAAGGUACGAACGGUGCCAUGGCGACGUAGCAUUCACGAGAAGUUUUGCAUCUAUAGGGACAAGUUUCAGGACGUAAACGACAUUAGCGAGGGUCUCGCGUCCGCAACGAUCGUCGAUAACGAUUAUGGAGGCGAUCCCGACGAAUUGGUGCGAUGCAAGUUCGAGGGAUACGGCUGCAUGGUGAGAAUGCCAAGAAGACGGAAAUACAUGCACGAGCAGAAAUGCAACUACAAGAGCCAUCAAGGAGACAUAAACGAUGAGUUCUUCGUUCAUUCCGUCGAGCCGGAAUUAGAUCCUGAGGAGCAAGUGGAAUGCAGAUGGUCCGUAUACGGUUGCCGGGUCAGGCCGAAGCGUUAUCGCGUGCAAAUCCACGAGGAUAAAUGUAAUUACAGGAUGGAAGAGUGCGCGUACAAGCAUUACGGAUGCAGCGCCAUGUUUACGCCGCCCAGAAAAAACGCUCACGAGAAAAAUUGCGAAUACGCCAAUUAAAUUAAUGCGGUGUCUCUCAAAUAAAAUAUAAUUCUCGCAUAGAGCAGAUGUAUAUCCAUUAAAAGCGAUGUGUAAAAAUAUUUUUGAUUUUUAAGAGAUGUCGAUAAUUAAAAUAUAGUCUCACGAUGAAGCGUACUUCAUUUUCGUGACGAAUGACACAAAGAUAAAUUGCCUUCGAGAGAACCGAUUCAUCUGUGUAUUCGUUGUAUACGGAAUAGAAAACUCUCUACUUUAUGCUGCAAAAAAGAGUAAUUAAAAUUCUGUUGGAACGUAUUCCUGGCAAUUUCAUCAAUCUGCGAACUAUCAAGCGCGAGAUAACGCGCGGGAAUAACAACAAUUAACGGCUACAAAGCAAGUCUAUCGUCAGCCGCUGAAACGUAAGUCUAUUUUACAAAACCCAUUAACAGCGAUUUCUUCAAGAACCCGUGGGAUGAUACACGGAAGAGGAUUAUUUACUCUCUUCCUCUCUCUCUCUCUCUCCGUCCCGUUGUAAGAUAGCGAGACUUACGCCUGUCGGUCGAGGGAUCAUCUUGAGCAUGAUCGUCCGGAAUAAGGGGUGAUGGCGUGGCUGGGAUAUCCAACACCUGCAGGCUAAUGGUGAAUCUCCCUGUGCGCCUACGAUCGCCCGUUCUCAACCCCCCAUCGCUCGAUGAAACGACACCUACACGUUUAUAGCGGCCAUUUAUAACGUCGGCGUGUGCAAAAGAUGGGGGCGAGCUUCGUUUCGACGCCUUCAAGUGUUAGUCCCGAAGUCAAUAAAACGUGUGAGAAUUAAACGAUA